CUGUCUAGAGUCAACGAAAGAAAAUCACGAUUGGAAAAAGAUGUCUUAUAAAAUUUAUAAUUUUUAAAUAAAAUAUCUACACAAAAAUCAAUAAAACCUUGUGAUUACUUUGUAAAAAUAUUGUAAUUAUAGUGUGAACUUCAAGUUGAACUAAUCGAAAGUGUUUGUAAAGUGUAAAAAUCAAUUGAAAAAUGUGCUCUGUAGUACAAGACAAAGUAAAGCCAUGAAAUUUUUUCAUAUAUGAAUGAGUGUAUUCGGAGAAUUGAGUUUUUUUUUUGUUGAAAUGAAUGAGAAAUAAAUAGUGAGUAGUUUUAAAAAUCAUCUGUUAGAAGUAAAAGACAAAAACAAAAAAGAAAUAAAACAGCAUACAUAUUGUGCAGUUGGUGUAUAAAGAAAAUGUCAAAAACCGACGAUAUCGUUGUUAUAUUAUUUGACAAUAAGAAUAGGGGAAACAAUUUGGAAAUGUGUUGUAAAAGGAAAGAGUGUGUGAAAUAAAGUGAAUAAAAGGGCAAGCUUUUGGAAAAAAAAAUGAUAGAAUAGACAAUUUUUGUGAUUUUGGAAAAUUUUAUAAAUAAAUUUAUAUAAAGUAUUUUAACAAAUCGUAAAAUCAUUUUGUCUCAUACAUGGAUCUCUUGGAUAGUGUAAUGGAGCUAUUGAACAGUACACCCUCGCCACCGAUCAAUGUUGUUAAUCACCAGCUGAAUAGCAGCGGGGAAUCCCUCUUAUUGGAAAACAGUGCCGAAAUGGAACCAAACAAUUUAAGCCAAACGGCUGCACGAGUAGUAGCUACGGUCACUGCUGCAGCAGGUGAAACAAUAGCAGCAGCACAAACGUUUAGCGAACGCAAUUUGGAAUUAAAAUUACCAAUUUUGUCGUCGAGUAGUAGUGAUAGUGAAUCUGAAGAACCUGCCAAUCCCACAGCUGGCACAUCGGCAAUAGUCGAGGGGGAACGUGCUGCCUCUCCUCCACCUAAUUGUGCUAUCUGUUUGGGUCGUUGUAAAAACAAAUGCUUCACGGAUUCUUGUAUGCAUCAGUUUUGCUUCAAAUGUUUGUGCGAGUGGAGCAAAGUGAAACCAGAAUGUCCGCUAUGUAAACAAACCUUUAAAUCCAUCAUACAUAAUGUAAAAUCAAUAGACCAGUUUGAGGAAUAUCAUGUUCAACCACCAACAGUACAGAUAGCACAUCCACCAUUCGAAAUGGAUUUUCAAGAAAUGCGUAUAUUUGGUGUAGUUCAUCCAGGGCACAAUCGUAAUCAUGCUUGGAAUGAAUCUACUCACCGUCCCUUUUUCUAUGGCGAUUUCUCAGCCACAUCACCUUAUUCAUCCGCUUCGACCGGAGGUGGUUCACUUUCUACCGCCAGCGGUAGCAGUAGUAAUCGUUCAAUUGCUUUGUCUGGCAAUGGCAGUGGUUUACGCAAUCAAUACGUUUAUCGUGGAGAAUUAUUGGAUUUGUAUCGUCAAGAAUACCCGGGAGCCAUUGCCAAUAGUGGUACAUUAAGCCAAUUGUGGCGUCGUUAUGUUUACGAUCGUAAAUUGUAUGCCAUGCCGGUGGCUGAUAUAACUGGACGUUUUCGUGAGAGCAGUGCUCGUUUUUAUCGAGACAAUCCAUCACAAAUUCAUCGCUUAAUGCCGUGGAUAAAUCGAGAUAUUGUGUGUUUGCUAAGACUGACGCAACAUGAUGUUACCACCGUUUUGGAAUCUAUUAAUUCGUCGCUGACACUCAUGAAUAUACUAUCGCCAGCUUUCCGGCGUCGCCUACAGCCGUUCUUAGGCACAAAAACAGCACAUUUUAUACACGAACUCAAUAAUUUUGCUCGUUCGCCUUACGACAUGAUUGGUUAUGAUCGUGCUGUGCAAUAUUCACCACAAUCCAACAAUGAGGAAAUCGUCAUUGAAUUUACUACAUCGGAUGAAUCGAGCGACAAUGAACAGAUCGAUGUAGCCGGUGAUGAGGGUGGCAACAAUAACACAAUAUCGUCAACGUCACGUUCACGUUCCACAAAUGCUUCGUCGAUAAAUGGUGGGAUAUUUGAAUAUGAUGUUGUUCGAUCACAUCACAGAGUUUUUAAUUCAUAUUUAAACCCUUUUACAGCUAUUAAUCUGACCAUACACAAUCGCCUGACAUCAGCGGCGUCGGUGCAUGCAGGCGGCAGUCGAGGGGGAGGCCUUAAUGGCGGCAACAACGGCAGUGGUCUGAGUGAUAUACAAGAUGACGUUAGUUUGGUCAUUGACUUGAGAGGAGAAUCGGAUAAUAAUGAGACCACAUCUACCGCUCAAGCGACCACAAAUUCGUCGAAUUACCAAAAUGGCCAGAAUGCUGGCACCAGUGAGGGCGACAUUAUAAUGUCUGGCGCACAGCCAGCUGUAUCGGAAAAUAUAGAAUUAACUUCGGGCAGCAGUGAUGAGUGUGAAUUCAUUUUAGAACGUAAACCACCUCACUUGCGCACACCUGAGAUGGUUAGUUUAGAUUCAGCUUCAGAUUCGGAUGUCGUUUUUAUCGAAGAAUCUAAGGCUUUGAACAAGACCUCGUUCAGCUCGAGUGAGGGUGAGCAAAAUGACGGACCAAGUGAUCACAAACCUCAUAGUCGUCAUCACAAUAAAAUUGCUGCUUUGGUGGAGUCUAAGAAACGUAAUCAUUCAGGAAAUUUGGUUAAAAGUGAGCAGCAAGAUACUCAGAUAGAGGUUUACAAUUUGGGUGCCAGUACAUCGGCGGCCUUACGUUUAUCUCUGCAGAAACGAGUAGAUACAUCGCAUAGAUCUGAUAAUGGAGCUAGCAGUUCGAGAGUUAGACGUGACAAGUAUUCCUUGCGUAAUAAUAGCGACAGUCAGUCACGAACAGAGCGUCAAGCUCCCAAAAGACGAGGCAAAUGUUUAGACAGUGAAAGUAGUCAUUCCAGUACCUCAUCGUCCACAACAAUCUCGUCCAGUUCUUCAUCCACAACUUCUUCAUCCAAUUCAUCAUCGAGUUCCAGUGAUGAAGAGUAUGUUGCCAGUACGUCGCAAAGAAGGAAGACAUCUUCAGCUGGUGGUGCAGAGGGCGCUACUACACGUAAACCCGGCCACAAAGCUAAGAAAACAAAAAAGCGCAAAGCCAACAAUAGUAACAACAGAAGAACAAAUAAACAUGAUUCCAGAAGACGAAAGAAAACAAACAACGAGUACUCUAGCGAUGAUGAUGACGACAACGGUCAUAUGGGUAAAAACUUUGCUCUCGUCAUGGCCAUAAAUGAGCGCCAAAAAAGGCAAAAUCAAAAGUGCAGAACUCAAAAAAGCAAAGCUCAAGAGAACAAUGAUGAGGAGGCCAGUGAGGGUGAAAACUCAUGGCGUAUAAAGGCCGUCAUUGAACCUCUGCGAAAACAGCAACAGCAACGAGCAAAAAGUUCCCACAAGAGCAAUGAGCGUAAAAGACAGCGCAAAACCCCCACACAACAACAGCAACACAUUGAAAUUGAUACGGAACAUAAAAAAUAUGAAAAGCGUCAAAAAAUUGAAAAUCAAACACAGCAAGAAUCUGAAUCACAAUAUGUUAGAAAUUUCUUCAAAGUCAAUGAUGACACAUCAAGCGAUGAAAGUGAUAAUAUAAAUCUUGUACAAUUAAAAACGAAAUUGAUCGGACAGGAUCGCCAUAAGGAGCAAAAUGAGAAUGGAACAAAUACAAAUCAAGAACAAGAAACUGUAGUUGAAACUACAACACUUGCAGAAACGGAGAUGGCGAAUAAAAAUUGGAAUAAUAAUGAAGGUGAUAUAAAUGCGACAGUGACAGACACAAAUACAAAUACAGCAACAACAGUGACAACAAUAUCUACAACAAGUUCAGAUCACUCAAACAUUCCUACAACCUCAAAUACAUACAGUUCAUAUGUAAUGACAUAUUCGCCUCCUACUAUGCACUCAGCCGAUGCCACAACUCAUCCGGUAGCAACUGCUAGUGAAACGACAACUAAUAACGUUGUCGAAUCAACAACAACAACAACACAAAAUGAUUUACUUAAUUUCACUGAUGAUUCCAAUGAUAAUGAGCAGAAUGAACGCACAGAUGGUCAUGAUCAUGUUGAUGAUCACGACAGCAACAGCACUUUGUAUCACAAUGAUCAGCAACAAUUACCUUCAUCCUCGAUGGACAACUACCAUGAUAACACACACGCCGACGAUAAUAAUGAAGAUGAUUUGUGUGACGAUGAUGAGAAUUUAAGCAACAUGCCCCCAAACAAAACUCUAAACGAGAGUAAUGUAUUUGCUGAUGGCACUAGUAUGAGUACUACUACAACCGAUACAAUACUACACGAUGCUGCCGAGCAAAUCUCUUCAGCUGCCGUUAACUUUUAUAAUCCCCAACAGACCUUUAAUACUGCCGACUUUGCUGAUGAAAACUCAACGAAUAGCAGCAGCUCCGAUAGUUCUAUGUCAUCUUCUACUACCAGUCUAUCGAGUAGUAGCAAUAGCAGUAGUAGCAAUACAAACAGUUAUAUAAAUUACGAACAAUCGUAAAUGAAAUUUAAAUAGUUUCCACUACAUAAAAGAAUUAAAAUAAAAUUUUAGCUGCAAAACUCAUCAAUCCAAUAGCAAGUACAUAUAGCAUGAAAUCCACAAAACGUUUCUAAUUUCCCGUUUAUUUUUAAUUUAAACUAUUAUAAAACAAUAAACCAUAUAAAGCAUAAUUACAAUUAAUUAUUUAAUAAAUGCCGGAAAAUCUUCUACUCUCCUACUACAUAUUACAAAGGAAAAAAAAUAAGAAAAGAAAAAUAAAAAUACCUAUUACUUCAAUAGUUUUAAUUAACAAAUACCACAAAUUAUUAGUUUAAUUCUAAGAUUUAAUAUUUAGUUACUAUUUACAUUUUCAAAAAAAAAAUCAACAAAAAAUAAGUACACAAUUGCAUAAUUAAGUUUAUAUAUAAAUAUUUUUUGUAUUCAUUAUAUUGAAAAUUAAAAGAAAUUAUGUUUAAGAGAUUAACAAACAAAAAAAAAUGUCUAUUUAAAACUAACAACAGCUAAGUUAAAUAUAAAAAUUUAACAAUUACAAAAAAAAAAAUUAAAUAUUGAUUCGAUAUUUGUUAAAAUUUCUUAAAUCACAUUACAUUAGCAACAAAUAUGGCGAAGAUUAAGAGAUGACAACUUGUAAGGGAUGAUUAAAUUACAACAAUCAUAUUUGUCAGGCUUACCUUAAUCUAACGCUAUUAAUCAUCUACAGGAUGUCAACUUAAGAUCUUCAAUAUGCAAACAUAAACAAUUCAAAUAUACAAUAUUUUAUAACUAAAUUAAACAUUUUAUGUAAAUAUUUUUUUAUUAUUUAUAAUUACAUUUUAAUGAAAGGCGUUUUCUUUUUCUUUUUGCAAAAAACGAUUGCUUUAUUGCAGUUUAAAAAGUUUAAAAUGUUGCCCUCUUGCUCUCAAACUGUUAACUUUACCACCUUUUCAACAUCUAUUUUUAUGCAUUCGAAUUUUUAAGUAGUUUAUAUAAAUAUUGUUUGGAUGUUCUAAUUGUAAAAAUUAAUUCUUACAAAUAAAAUGCUAGAGUAAGUUGUUAAGAAGUUGAGUAAAAUUGAGGGCAAAAUAUGUUAUUAUUUUAACUUUUUACAAUUGCAAACAAUUUGACACAAAAGAAAACGUCAUAAUUCAUUGGCAUCUUGCGAAAUAGUAAAACAAAAUCCCCACACUCUCAUUUAUAAUGUUUCCUUUUUUGUGUUUAUAUAUAUAUAAAUAAAUUCGUAACUAUUGUUUAUGCAUUGUUCCAAGGGCUUUUUUUAAUUUAGAACAAGAGAAAAAUUUUAUACUUAAGCGAUAUUUUACAAAAAAAAAUUUAAAUAUUACAACUUACACAUAAAUAUAUAAUAUUUAAAACAGAGAAAAAUACAUAAAUAAGUGUAUUCAAAUUAUAA